AUGUGCGCUGAAGUGCCUCCGGUGAGACCCGAUGUUCUCAUUACCGAGUCCACUUAUGGAAUACACAUACAUGAUAAACGCGAGGAACGUGAGGCACGAUUUACUCGUCUGGUUCACGAUAUCGUCGGUCGUGGAGGACGUUGCCUGAUCCCCGCAUUCGCUCUUGGUCGAGCCCAAGAACUGAUGCUUAUUUUGGACGAAUACUGGGCUGCGCAUCCAGAGCUACACGACAUCCCGAUCUAUUAUGCUAGUCAAUUGGCUCGCAAAUGUAUGGCUGUCUACCAAACGUAUAUUCAUGCUAUGAACGAACGUAUUCGGAAUCAGUUGGCCAAUAGCAAUCCUUUCUGCUUUCGUCAUAUUUCCAACUUGAAAAGUAUCGAGCACUUCGAUGAUUCUGGUCCGUGUGUGGUGAUGGCCAGUCCAGGUAUGAUGCAACCCGGUCUCAGUCGUGAACUUUUCGAGAAUUGGUGCACCGAUAAACGGAACGGAGUGAUUAUUGCGGGAUAUUGUGUGGAGGGCACUUUGGCCAAGCAAAUUCUCUCACUCCCUGCCGAGAUUCCCACCAUGUCGGGGCAGACAUUGCCGUUGAAGUGUUCCGUGGAUUAUAUCAGCUUCUCGGCCCACACGGAUUACCAGCAGACAAGUGCGUUCAUACGUGAACUAAAACCGAGCUAUGUGGUACGUUCUACUCGCGUCAUCAACCUUUCAUUCUCUUUGGCUACCACUGAGAUCCACUUGUUUACCUAA